AUGCCCAUGGGCACCUUCAUGCUAUUCGGCACAUUCAACGGCAGCACCAACAGCACCGCCCUGGAUUUGCGACUGGCGCGAUGCCAUGAGGCCGGUCUGAUGCCCACCUUCCCAUGUGGUGGCAGUUUCCUCAUCCAGAAUGGCAUGGAUGGAACCCACGGAUUCCAGUUGGCCUGGGCGCAGACCGUCAAUGGAUGGUCAAGCUCACCUGCGCCACUGUCAACUCAAUCAUGGCCCUCAUUGCAGACUGGGCACAUCCACUGA